AUGAAAAAUCUCUAGCACGGUGACUAGAUUUCUAUAGUGUCCUCACCUAUAUUGCGUAUCAGCCUUUAUGUACAAAACAUGUAAGACAAAGCAGGACGCCGCUUUCAAAGUUAUGCUUUAAGUUGCUCAGUGGAAAUCAAUUGUUUUCCGUUGGCGCGAAUUAUUGAGAAAUAUCCAAAAAUUACACGAUAUUUAAAACUGACGACCCAAAAACCCGCAGUCAAAAUAAGCAAUUCAAAGGACGCGAGUAUGCCCCCGAAAUGUAAAUUUCAAGAAGGAGAAAAAGUUCUAUGCUUUCAUGGUCCAUUAAUUUAUGAAGCAAAAUGUCUAAAAUCCUCCAUUACCAAAGAAAAACAGAUCAAGUAUUUAAUUCAUUACGCCGGAUGGAAUAAGAAUUGGGACGAGUGGGUUCCGGAAAGUAGAGUUCUUAAGUACAAUGAAGCAAAUGUACAAAGGCAAAAAGAGGUUCAAAGGGCACACUCAAACCAACAGUCUACACAAAAAAAUAAGAAAGGCAAUACCUCCUCUAAAACUCAAGGUCGCAGGAGCGAGGGUGGACGUGAAAAAGAUACAGAUAGUAGAGCCAGCACCCCUGUAGCCACGGUUGAAAAAAGUAUUAAUCGAUUUAGCAAAACUACCGGUAGUACUAUCAUGCCAUCGUCGUCCCAUGAUUCUACUCCGGAUGCUCCACGUAAAAAACGCAGUCGGUUGGAACCAUCCGGUGAAACUGAAGAGUACCUCACUAAGGUUGAGGUUAAAAUUAAAAUACCGGAAGAAUUGAAAUUUGUACUUAUAGACGAAUCAGAAGUUAUAUUAAAACAUCAUAAAUUACCUGCUUUACCUGUAAAGAAUACAGUCGACAAAAUUCUGGAUGACUAUGUAGAAUCAAAAUCAUUAGGAAAGAAUGAUUCUGUUAGGGAAAGUGUAUUAGAAAUAACUAAAGGUAUUCGUGAAUACUUCAAUAUAUCCUUAGGUUUGCAAUUAUUAUAUAAAUGGGAACGCCCACAAUUUAUUCAAAUUAUGAAUGAUAACCCUGAAACACUGCCCAGCCAGUUAUAUGGUGCAUUCCAUUUAUUAAGGCUAUUUGUGAGACUCGGCGGAAUGUUGUCGUAUACUACAUUAGACGAAAGAAGCAUACAAUUGUUACUAUCACAUUUUCACGAUUUUUUACAAUAUUUACAGAAAAAUAACAUUGAACUUUUCAAUCUUCAGCAAGAUUAUGCAGAUUCGCCACCCGAUUAUCACAGAAAAUAUGCCUAAGUUAGUAUGAACUAAUGGAUAUUUUUAAUUAAUUGAAGCAAUAUAUUACCACGUUUUUGUCUGGAGUAUCUCGU